AUGACGGAAACAGAGAAGACCGCUUCUUCAACAGGAGCUGAAGACGAAAAUUGGUGGAAGGCAGAAGAAGACACUGGCGAAGCAGUUGAAGAAAAGUCUGCAAAAAAGGCCAGUUACUUUUCCUCUGACAGCGAUGACGACGACGACAGCGACAAAGAAGACGAUGCUGCAACCAAAAACAGAGAAGACGCUGAAAUGCAAAAACUGAUGGCAAAAUUCACCCCGAGCGCAACAACCGGUGAUGAGCCUGAAGGCGAAGGCGAAGAUAUCGGAAAUCUAUUGGCUAAAUUUGCCCCAGAAGUGGCUGCUGCGUCCGAUGUGGUUUCCAUAAGCAGCGAAGAAGAUGAGGAAGAGGAAAAUCGUAGAGAAAUUGAAUUGGAAGAAAAUUUCUUGGAUCAUGUGGUUUUGGCUGCACCUGACAUUGAAACUGCUGUAACCGAAUUCACCAGAAAGACAGGAAUGGAACCCAAAAUGGCACUGGCCAUUAAGGGACUGGGCAUCAAAUGCGCACGCGUCUCCUUUCAGGGAUCCAGCUACUUGGAGAUCAUUGCUCCAGAUCCCGAGAAAGGUGGUCCCAUCGGGACCUUGUUGAGAGAAUCUGGCAUCAAACAACUCAAACCCUUCCACUGGGCCAUCCGCACAAAGAGAGCAGAGGCCCUUAGUGCGGAGGUCAAACGCUUCGGAUACACACCAGAUCACAUUUCCAUGUACGGAACCAACAUGAGAACGGGAGCACCUAGAAAGUGGGAAAUGACGUAUCUUUAUGGACAUAAAAACGGUGGCAUUUGCCCAUUCUUUAUCAAUUGGGAGGGUUCGGACCAUCCCUGCGAAACCAUGCCAAUCAUUGGAGACCUCGUUUCGGUCAAAAUUUCCGUUCCAAAAGAUGACUCAAUUCAUCAGCUGAUCAACCAUACAGAAUCAGAGGGUUUCUCAUUGAUGGAAGGACCGUCUGCCUUUCAAAUUAAAUUCAACUCACCAGAAGGGGAAGUCUCCUUCGGCGCCACCAAAAUGACCGGCUUCCGAUUCCCGGGAUUUGAGCAAGUGUAUGGGGACUUAGAAAAGGACGAUGAAAUUGUCGAUGAUCUAGACUUUGUCUUUCCAGAAAAUGCCCGAAGUGCAUAUUCCUGA